GGAGAACCUUGAGUUGGCUGACGUCUCAAUGCCGGGGUAUACAGAGGCAAAGUCAGCCGCUCCAGAGAUGGCCUUGGCCUUGGACAUCUUCAGCAUGCCCCCUUCCUACGAUGGCCUGGCCAUCCAUAGAAUCCCACUGAGUACAGACAUAAUCCCAGUUAUGCCAAUGAAGACCUUGACCCCAUCCAAAUCCAAGCUCAACACCAUCGAGGCCAAGAGAAUCAUGACAGUCCUGGAUGAGGCCAUACAAAAAGUGGGGCUGGUGACCCUGAUGUCCUACGUGGAGUCCCACCCAGAUGCUCUGGAGGGAGUGUUCCCUGAAGACUUGAUGAGGGCCAUCAGAGAACAUCUGGACAUCGGCCAGGUCUUUCUGGAGGGUGCCAGCAACCUGCAGGAGAAACAAAAACUGCUGGAGGAAAAGAAGGCGGAUGCUGAGGAAGCCUGGUGCCGGGACCGCCUAAUGUCUAUAGAACUAUACAAGGCCAACCUGUGGCCACUGGCACACCAGUUCCGAGAUUCCACCAAGGCCAUCCUGAGGCUCCUGUCCAGCCAAUCCCAAAUCAUCACACUGCUGCAGGCACGUGCACCAGGCAGAAGCCGGGGGGCGCAGCGCCUCCUUGAGGCCCUGAUAGAGCUUCGGGGCUACCUCUUUGAAAAGCUCCUCACCAGCCCUAUGGAAGUAAGGGAGAAGAACCAAUUCAUACAGGACAUCAACCGGAGGAAUGAAAGGAACCAAGAAGUCAUUGAUGCUCUCCAGGCCGAGCUGGCGGAGGUGCUAAAGAAUAAGGAGGCAGAGGUGGAGAAGGAGAACUUUGUGAUCCAAGAGCUGAAGAACCACCUGCACCAGGUGUUCAAGUUCUCAGAGAUCAGCCUCCUUCGAACGAAGCAGGAGGCAGAGAAGCAGCAGAAGGUGGAUUACCGGGCCUCCCAGGCUCGGCUGGCCAAGAUACAGCAAGAGAUCCUGACGCUUCGCUCGCAGUACCACAACCUGGUCAUGGAGAAUCGGGAGGUGGAGCAGGCCCUGAGGAAGAAAAAAUAUAAAGUGGAGACGGAAAUUGAGAACUGGAUCCAGAAAUAUGACAUGGAGAUGGGUGAGAAGCAGGAAGAAUACGAAGAUCUGGAGAGCAUCCACAAGGAAGAGAAGCUGCAGCUGGAGGAGCUAAAGGAGAGGCAUGCGGUGCUGGUGGAGGAGUUUUCCCAGAUCCGUGCUGAGAGCGAGAUCAACUCCAAGAAGCGGGUGGAGGCGGAGCGCGAGAUGGUGCGCAUGGUGCGGGCGGCCACGCUCAUCCAGGCGGUGUGGAAGGGCUACCUGGUGCGCUCCAUGCUCAGAUCCAAGAAGAAGAAGCGGGGCAAAGGCAAGGGGAAGGGCAAAGAGGAGAAGGGUAAGGAGAAGAAAGGCAAGGGCAAGGGCAAAGGCAAGAAGAAGUAACUGCUGCCUGGCCCUGCUCCUGCCCAGCCUCAACCACGCCCUGCCCAGUCUGAAUGGUACUCCCACCCUGCCCCAGCCCUUCCAUCCUGACUUUAAUGAUGGCCAAAAUUAAAACAAAACAAAACAUUUAAACCAUA